AUGUGUUCCGUAGUUAAAGAUGCUCAAACAUCUGAUGCUGGAUACUCUAAUGAGGAAGUAAGUCAAGCAUAUCCUCCUACUUAUGGUAAUCAUGGAAAAAACGAAAGAUUAGAGGGGAAAUCCAAUGGUUCUUAUACUGAUUAUACGAGUCUUUAUAUCGUUCAAAGUGGUCUUAGAAAACAAGAUAAUCAUUCUUUUAUAUUGAAUCCAUUGGAAAACACUUCUUAUGUUGUGGAAGAUGGUUAUUACUGA